AUGGCUUCGGCUUUCGACGGUGCCACGUGUUCGAAUAACAAAGACGACAAUCUCGUGACUUACGAAGAAGCAUUGUCUCGAAUUCGGAGAGUCGCCGCUCUGAAUCAUGUUCGUAAUGCAACGAUGGUCAAUCAGAGCUCACUGGCAGAGUCCACAAAAAACGACAGUAGCUGGAAGACAUGGAAUGAGAGUGAAACAUUCACUUCGCCGCUCCUCCAGGCUGUUGGCCUGAUAUCUGCUCAGACUCUCGUGGCGCCACAUGCAACGCCUGAGUACGACACCUCAGCAAUGGACGGGUUUGCAGUGUGUUCUGCGAGUACUAUACAUGCGACUGAAGAGCACCCUUUAACCUUUCGUGUAGUUGAUUCGAUCGCUGCUGGAGACAGCUUUAAAUGCAGACUGUCGUCAAACACUGAAUGUCAUGAAGCCGAAAGGGUCUGCGUCGAGAUCAUGACAGGUGCGGUCUUUCCCGAGAACAGACUCCCUCAAUUAGAUGGUGUGGUCAAGAUCGAAGAUGUCGUGAUGACCGAAGACUACUUCGAUGGUGGCCAAGUUGUCUCAAGAUGCAUACGUGUUAGCCAACCAGUGAAAGCUCGGCAGCACAGGAGACCUGCUGGUAGUGACUUUCGAAAAGGAGAUCUUUUGAUACAGCAAGGUGAUCAGGUUCAACCCUGUCACAUCGCAGCACUGGCCAGUCUAGGUCUGCACGAAUUGUGUGUAUAUGGAAGUCACAAGCUGCGGCAUCUGAACUUGCUCAAUACAGAAGGAAAGCUCGACGUCGCCGUGCUCUCGACAGGCUCUGAAGUGCUGUCACAUUCACCACCAAUGAGACAGCCAUGUGCAAUGGAUCCAGACAAACAUAUCAUUCCGGAUUCAAAUGGACCAUACUUGGUAUCGACCCUAAGGCAGAAAUAUCCAAAUUUAGCUGUUCGAUAUGUCGGCGUUGCCGUUGACAAGGAAGAGGUAUUGUUGAACACUUUGACCGAUGUACUCAGGAGUGGAUGUGAGACUGUAAUUACAUCAGGAGGUGUCUCGCGAGGCCGUUACGACCUGAUAAGAUAUGUCGUGGAAACCUUAAUGGGUGGCAAAGUCAUAUUCCAUGGUGUAAAAAUCAGGCCCGGUGCGCCACUGCUAUUUGCAACCUUUGACGACGAUUCGAAAAAGGGGAUCGACUUGACUGGACGCCGAGUAGCUUUCUUCGGAGUACCUGGCAACCCAGUUGCUGCUGCUGCUGCGUUGCAAUUCUUUGUGGUUCCAUACCUCGAAGCAAGACUAUCUACUAUCGCUCAAACUACCAACGCUUGCUACCAGCUGCGUCGGGUCAUCAACGGGCCACCCCGUGCCGCAAAUAACAUGACCAUGAAAGAGGCUCUAAGGCGGAAACCCAAGAACACGACGGUGUUCUGGCUAUCGAGAAGAUCUGCAAGUGAUCCUGAAACUGUUGAGAUCACCGAGGAUCAAGCCUCAUACAAAUUGAGUGGAUUGCUAGAAGCCGAUAGCUGGGUGCUGGUGCCUGCGACGCACACGGAAAUCUUUCGUGGCGACAUGUUAGCCUGCUGCCCGUUAUGA